ACUUCCCUUCUUGUUGAAACAAACAGGAAAAUACCAAAUGUUACACGUGAACAUCAGGACAACUAGUUUCCAGGAAAGCAUAAUUUUAUAUGCAAAUCAAACUGAAAGUGCAAUUGGUGCUGAAAAGGGUGGAGUGCUGGAAUGAAGACAAAACUGAGUGAAGCACAGAACAGCUCAUUCCACUGUGAUCCUUCGCAAAUACAACUUCUGUUACCAGUCUGCUGACAAAACCCAGCUUUUCCCAUGGUGUGGGACGGAAACAACUCAAUGGAAUACUACGAUGAUGCUGAAUCAAAUUUUACUAUAGAUUAUGAUCAAUUUGAAACACUUUGCAAAAAAGAGGAAGUGAGAAAAUUCACUAAAGUGUUCCUGCCUGUAUUUUAUUCACUGGCUUUCACUGUUGGAGUUGCUGGGAAUGCAUUAGUAGUGGCAAUCUAUUUUUACUGUAAGAAACUAAAGACUAAGACAGAUAUGUACAUCAUGAACUUAGCAAUUGCUGAUUUGCUCCUGCUAUUCACUCUUCCUUUUUGGGCUGCAAGUGCAGUCCAGGGGUGGGUGCUUGGAAAUACCAUGUGCAAACUCACUUCUGCAUUAUACACAACAAAUUUCAGUUCGAGCAUGCUAUUUCUGGCCUGUAUUAGUGUAGACAGAUAUAAUGCCAUCUCCAAACCUCAAAGUCAGAGACGAGUUAGGAAGCAAUGCAACAGAACCUGUUUCUGUGUCUGGAUGACUGCCAUUUCACUGAGUAUCCCUGAACUGAUUUUUAACAAGGCCAAGGAUAUCAAUGACAGGUAUGAAUGCCUACCAGUGUUUACAGUGGACAUGGGAAAAUCCUUCAAAGCAAUCAUUCAAAUCCUGGAAAUUAUGCUGGGCUUCAUGCUACCCUUCCUAGUCAUGGUGCCCUGCUAUUCAGCUAUGGCCAGAGUCCUCUUCAGGUCUCCAAAUGUUAAAAAAUCUAGGCCCAUCAGGGUUCUUCUAGCAGUAGUAACUGUUUUCAUUGUCACCCAACUGCCUUACAACAUAGUAAAGUUCUGGAGAGCCAUAGAUAUCAUCUACUUGCUGAUUACAGAUUGUAACAUGAGUAAAACCAUAGAUGUUGCACUUCAGAUAACCAAAAGCAUAGCUUUAUUUCACACCUGCCUGAAUCCAAUUCUGUAUGUCUUUCUGGGAGACUCUUUUAAAAUGCACAUUCUAAAAACAGCAAAAAAAUAUGGCUAUUGGAGGAGAAGACACAGUGAAAUAAAUGAAGAUAUCUCUAUGAAUUAUGAAGAUCUGACAGCAGAAACAAGUAGCUUUUCAAUAUAGCAGCUAUGACAGCCUAAAUAUUCUGCAUAACAAAAGGAAACCCAAAACUACUGCUUCUGGGGGUAUAUCUCUUCCUUGAUGCAAUUUCCACACAAGCAUUACUCUUCAAGUCUCAAAUGAUGUUCUGACACAACUUGCCAAGAUACCGUGAAGAAGGUCAAAAUGUAUAAAAAUAAAAACCAUAUGGCAAAAGUAUUAGAAACAACUGAAACUUAUGUGAAACAACAGAAGGUGGAAAAGGUAUUGGGAACAACAGCAAUUUCCAUGAAAAAACAAUAUUAAAUGGAGCAGUUUGUACUACCAUUAAGUUGAUGAGGGAUGAAGAGAUUAUACAUGUCAAGUAUAUAUUCAAUAUGUUGAAAGGAAAGAAAAAUCACCAGCAAAAGACUAUUUAACAUCUUAAAGCAAAAAGUACUGUAACUAACCUUAAGUCCUUUAAAAUGUAACAUCCUAGAUAUGUAGCUCAAACCUUCUAGAUAUGUAUCUCAAAACUAUUUCUGGACUCCCUGAUUUAAACCGUUUCCCUGAGCCUGCAGUUCAAUUUAUCCUCAACUGUCACUUCAUAAAUGGGCUUGCAGGUUUGCACUGAGGGAAUAGAUAAUCUCUGGUAUUUCUCAGAAACGAGAAAACAGCAAGGGAUUUGUUCUCUGUGUACAAAUGCAGGUGGCAUAUUUCAAAAAAAGCUUCUUUUGUAUAACUAUAUACAAUUCUUUUUAUAUAAUAUUUUUCUUGGACCAUAUUUCAAAGAGUCUAACUUCCCAUUAUAGACACAUGCCAAGUAUUUCAUUUUAAUUCUUGGUUCAUGUAAGGUGAUUACUGGGACCUGGGUUUUGUCAUUUCUUACAAAUCUUUCUGUAACUUUACAAAAUCUGAGACUAACAGACGUAAGGAAAAGAGAAACAGGGCGCGUCUACACGAGAUGUUUACUGCAGUUGCCUAAUUAGCUCCACAGUAAAACGUCAGUAUCUACAUGUGUGGCCCUAUUAGGCUGCAGUAACUGUAUUAGCUGGGUUGGAGCAGCCCCGGGCUUGCAGGCUAGAGCCCCUUGCCAACUGAGGCUGUUCCUCCCAAGCUCAACGUGCUGCAGGCCCGAGUGCACAUGUAAACACUGCACAUGGGAGGAAUAAACUCCAGUGCAAACUGUGACAGUUUAUUCCGCUGAAUUAAUUUCACAUGUAGAUGCACCCACUGGGUCUUACAUUUUAUAGGUGUUACUUUUAACCUAAUUUAGGACAUAUAGCCUUAUUCUGUUUUAUAAAAAGAACAAUUCUGGUAUGUAAGUGUACUGCAUGUCCCUAUGAAUAUUUUACUGGUGUGAUUUAGGCACCAAUCUUUGUAGGCUUAAUUCACGGAGUAGAAAUAACUGAAGCUAGAGGAUAUUUAUCCUCAAUGAGUGGAGUGAAGGCAGAUAUAGUCUUGGUCAUUUAGAAAGGAAUGAAUGAGAUAAAUACUGUUCUGUGAUAGCUAACAAGCAGUAAUUUUUAAACUGUCCAUAUAAUUGCACAUUGAAGUAUUUAAGAAUUAUACUUUCUUUUAUACUCGGUUUUCUUUUGUUCUCUGUAGUCUGUUUAUGUACAUUUGGUAAUAAAAGUAGAUCUAACUGGA